AUGGCGGAAGAGGAGAGCCAGUUUGAAGAAUUUGAGCAAAUAGACUUUCUAAGAGAUAGACAUGUACGAUUCUUCCAGAGAACACUUCAGGUGUUACCUGAGAGAUACGCCUCGCUGGAAACAACCAGGUUAACAAUCAUAUUUUUUGCCCUGUCUGGUCUCGAUGUGCUGGACGCUCUUGAUAUGAUCGAUAGGAACACCAUGAUUGAGUGGAUCUACUCACUACAGGUUCUGCCCACAGAGGACCGAACUAACCUUAAUCGAUGUGGGUUUCGAGGAUCAUCACAUAUUGGAAUUCCUUACAGCACUAAGGGUCCUGGUGUGCUGCAUCCGUAUGACAGUGGCCAUGUAGCCAUGACCUACACUGGGCUGUGCUCGCUGCUUAUACUGGGAGACGACCUGAGCCGGGUUAACAAACAGGCCUGUCUCGCUGGUCUCAGGGCGCUGCAGCUGGAGGACGGCAGUUUUUACGCAGUGCCAGAAGGAAGUGAAAACGAUAUACGGUUUAUCUACUGUGCAGCCAGUAUCUGUUACAUACUAGAUGACUGGUCGGGCAUGAACAUCCAAAAGGCCAUUGACUACAUCAGAGGAAGUUUGUCGUACGACAAUGGGUUUGGCCAGGGAGCCGGGAGAGAGUCACAUGGUGGCUGGACGUACUGUGCCAUAGCUUCUCUGUGUCUGAUGGGUCGACUGGAGGAGGCGCUGAGUCAGCGGGAGCUGGACAGGAUCCGGCGCUGGUGUAUCAUGAGGCAGCAGAGCGGCUUUCAUGGACGCCCCAACAAACCUGUAGACACAUGCUACUCCUUUUGGGUCGGAGCUACGCUAGAGCUGUUAGAUGUGUUCCAGUUUACGAACUUUGACAAGAACAGGAGCUUCAUCUUAUCCACGCAGGAUCGAUUAGUGGGGGGAUUUGCCAAGUGGCCGGACAGCCAUCCAGACCCUCUCCAUGCCUACUUGGGGCUGUGUGGAUUGUCUCUGAUUGGAGAGCCUGGUCUGAGGAAGGUCCACCCAGCUCUUAACAUCAGCCAGAGAGCCUUUCAGCACGUCCAGCAGCUGCAGCAGACAUGGAGGGACAACACUGGCAGCUGUAGCAGACAGCACUGACAGCAGGACGAGCCACAGCUCUGUCUCUUAACAGGUUCAGUAAUGAGGAACAUCUAACAGGAGCCAGUCAGAGACGACUGGACUUUUGCUGUGUCUUGAAGACGUUUGGCCUCUCACCUGAGAGGCCACCUCAUUUCAGGAAGGUUUAUAAAACCCCAGUUACACAUUAGUAACUUCAGGGUGCUCAUUUUAAGUCCAUCAAAAGUGACUUUUCUGUUAAGCAAUAUAUGCCACACUUUUCUUUUGCUGCCUUUUUAUUGUUAGAACAUAGAAAAUAUUGCUUUGUGAUUUGUGGGGAUAAAAUUAUGUGCCAGAAAGUCAAAUUUGAGUCACUGGAGACUCGAAGAAACGCCAGAUGCCUCAAUUUUGCUAACUUUUUUCAGAUGAUGCAGUUUUGGAAGCUUGCUGCUCCUCAUCAUAGUCAACAGCACAAUCUGCUGUACACCUUAUUAGCCAAGGAUAAAGUGACUCACUUUACAUGGACAUCAGAAACAUCCUCAGAGUAAGCGUUAUUCCCUGAGACCCCAAAGAGGGCCUAAAUUGUGUCUUUAAAUGGUUCUGGAGUAACUGGUGGCCUCAGUAACUAGAAGUUUUUGAGAGAGCUGGUGAUGAUGAUAUACAAGUUUGCGAUCCCUGAAUAAUUUCCCCGUAUCUUACAAUAAUAUAGCAAAUGUAUUUCUCAUUUGUGUUCACAAAUUGAGGGGGCCAGCUAUCGUUUUGGGGGCGUAAUUUAGGGACCAUUGAGACAAAAUCACUUGUUUCUUUACAAUUACCACCCGUACAUCUUUACGAUUACGCACCCUAGGGCUCUGUGCUCCCUUUACAAUAUUUUUUGCCUCUCUGCUCCUCUAAUAUCUCCAUCCUCAUGUUUCUCUUCAGAGCCUCAAGCUCUUCAGUCCCACAGGUCAUACCAGCCGGGCAGGUAAACUCUCCCAUGUUUCUCGCUUCAGUUUCACCACUGCAGGCUUUGUCUAGAGAUCAAGAAAGAUUUAAAUGAUAAUAGAACCGCUGGGGUUAAAUUUAUGGAAAAGGCAGCUAAGAGCCAACAACUACCCCAAGGGGGAAAUCAAUGAGAGAGGAAAAAAAUCAAAAACUUGUAGAAAGAAGGAAUUAGUUCAGCUGCAGGCCUUAUCAGUUUAGAUCAUAGACAAAAUCAUAUUAUUUUUCACAUUUUGUCUAAAGCUAACAGAAGAAAUAGACUGGGCCUUUAAAGGAAUAUUGUUUUAGAAUAGGGGCUUAAAAAUCCCUUCUCUCCAGCAGAUCCCAUCCCAACAUCCCCCGACUCCUGAACCCUGAACUGAUCUGAGCAUCGCUGCUUCCCCAGCUUCCACACUCCCUGCAAGGCACCAACCAGCCUGAAAUCAAUAAGAGAAAGAUAAGACAGUGGCAUCAUGACUUGAGGAAAUUUGUUCUUUUGAACAGUGUUGGGAAUUGACAUGUUAUUUUCGGAACAGAAAGGAUGCAAGGCAAAAACAAAGAACAAUGCACAUGAGCCAAAUGUGCCACGAGCCCUUUUUACACAGAGAUUGCACUAUAGGGCGGCUAAGAAGUCCCUUCUCUACACCGCCUUUGCAUUUUUACACAGAAUCAAACAAAGGCGAUAUAAUAAAGCUCCACUGUGUUUUAGACAACAAGCCAUGGAGGAAAAAGAGGCAUGACAGCUGCAACGUUUAACACAAAAGCGUCAGCCUCUAGUGCGACAUAUAACAUACGCGUCGGCAGCCACUUGCAGCUCACACAAGCGACCUUUUAAUCCCUUGAACUAAGCUACAAAUUUAUAGUUUUAAUUAGUGGUAACCGCCUCACAUAGUGAAACACUGCAGUUCUGAGUUCAGCUUUUCCUCUUGCCUUCUUUUCACACACAAAAAAAUCCUCCUGAUUCCCAGCAAGUGACAUUUCUAGCUUCACAGGUUCCUCCAGCCCCCCUGCUGAAGCCACACCCUUUUAUUACAAGACUGCUGACACAGCAACACCUGCUCCCUGAGACGAGAAUUGAGGAGGAGACAAUAUCACAGCAGGUCAGAAAUACAGUGGCCUGUCUGCAGCAUGUUACCUGCAGAAGAAGUCUGCUGUGUGCAGCACCAGUUCUGAGUGGAUAUUAAAUUCAAUAUCGUCUCGGUGGAUUUCCCUCGACCAACUAAAUUAAGCUGUACCUGCCUUUUCCCCCUUCCCGCCAAGUUGCCCUCUUUUUCAGACUUAGAAAACAGAGCAGCCAGACUGAGGAAAGGAGAGAGGAGGGGCGCAGAGGUGAAUAAAUAAAUAAUUUGACACAUCUAUUAUUGAAAAUGAACUGUCAGAGGCUGGAAUCUCCUUUCUUAACCUCUAACCAAACCCCCACUGUUAUAUAGCCUUAUUUUGGUGCAAAAACAAUAGCUUUUUAGCCAGCUGCAUCUUGUGUUGCUGUGUUGUUUGAUGUUAUUGUUUGCCUGUAGGCUUUGCUACAGUUGCUCUUGCCGACUUCUCUCCUGCCAUUUUUUUGCAAACAUUUUUCUAAGUUACUAUAAAAUAUUUUGAAAAAAGUCACCUUAGGGAGUGUUCAGCUAUGACUUCAGUUGCCGCUGCUGAAUUGAGCCUCAGACGUACAAAUUAUGUUAUAAUACAAGUUUUUGAAUUAUUCACCAUAAUCUUUUUCUGUAAUUUAGUUAUGAAAUGUUCUAAAUCUGGUGGUGGUCCUGGGUCAACAAUGCAGUGAAACAGAACGACCAUGUCUCAUGCAUCCUCUCAAGUGACUUUUACGACUUUACUACUCUCCGUCGGGUAUGGUUCUGUCCUUAGUGUACAUAGGCCAACUAAUAUUGCAAGACCACGCUCUCAAACUUGACUCUGAAAAUGUGCCUCAUGUAGCGUUACUCUGGGUCACUGCUCUCUGAAUGCUCUCAUCUUCCUUUUUCUUUUUUUUCUACAUGUACAGCAUGCUUAAAUUGGACUUAGAUUGGCUGUUUUGGUCAAGAAAUGCUCUGAAUAUACAAGUGUUCUCUAGAGGGGACGAAGGAAAACUGUAUCCUUAAUCCUAGUGAACAUUCAGGAAGUGAAACACCUACUCUGUAAACAUUUCCCCCUCCUGUUUUUGUAGAGUUCACUUAUCCAGUUAGACAAGAGCUGACUGACAGGUCGUUUGACCAGAAUAUGGCUUUGUCCCUUUAUGUCUGAUCUAUAAUGUAUUUCCAGGAGGAGGGAAGAAUUCAUUGAGCUAGAACCCAUAAAUGCUUACUCGACUUAAAAAGGAUGAAAGAUUGGAUGAGUGGAUUUGCCACUUACAGCAGUUGUUUUAUUGUGUCUCUUUUUUGCUACGUCACACUGCAGUCAGUGCUCUCAGUCCCACUGCAUGUACAGAGGGGACUGAGGCUUUGCGCGUUUAAGACUGCUGCAGUGUUUGGAUCGUCUUGAGAAGGGACUGUGAAAGUCUUUUGAGAUGCAGCCAAAAUGCCACACAUGGUCAGCCAUGAACCCUCGCUCUAUCAUAAACUAAUAUACAUAAUGUAAUGAUAAAAAAUGUAACAAUAAAUGUAAUGGAAUUUAUUUUUUCUAUGCUUUGUAGAGAUAUUAAGUGUAGAUAAAUAUGUAAAUGUCUAUAAAUAUGUGACUUCUAUUGUGCAAGUGCUCAAGAUGAAAAAAUGUUUACAGCUACAUCAUUGAGACAGUCAAAGGAGUUGAAUAUGCAAAUGUUGAUAUGUGAUGUAUUAUAAUACUUCGGCUUUGAAUUUGAGGGUGUUGAUGUCCAUUCUAGCUUGGCGGUGCAUAUUGUAUUUAUGGUUAAUAAAAACACCUACUAACUUUUA